AUGGAAGGAAGCAGAUCAGAAACUUUUGCAGCUGAAGCAAACGAGGAAAUAAUUUAUACUUCUCUAAAAUUCUCUCAGACAUCUCUGCCAAGAGCCAAAGCUGCACAGGAAAAAAGAGCUCCCUGUUGCUGGCCAGCAGUUGUGUCAGGCUUGGCUAUAGGCUUUGGGAUACUGAGCAUCUCCCUGGCAGUUGCUUUGAUUUGGAAACUGAAUGACUCCCACUCACACUGCCCUGAGCAGUGGGUGGCCUACAGAGGGAGCUGCUACUCCUUCUCCAAGCAGAAGAAGGACUGGUAUUCCAGCCAGGAAUCCUGCUGGAGACAGGGAGCUCAUCUCCUGGUGAUCAGCGAUACCAGCGAAAUGGACCUGUUCAAGAGUAUUCAGACAGAAUGUUUCUGGAUUGGACUGAGGAACAGCACAGAUUCUGGCUGGAUUUGGGAAGAUGGUUCUGUAUACAAUGGUACCAAGAUACUUUCUAACAGCCCAGUGCAACACUGUGUUGUCCUGAUGAAAGAUCAUCUUCAAGCCUCCAGCUGUGAAUUUCCUGCUCCGUGGAUUUGUGAGAAAUCCCUUACAUAA